AUGGUUAAAAACGAGCGCCGGAUUGUUUCGAAAGGGGGCUACCGAUGGCCGAUGAGCCGCUCGCAGAUAACAAAUGUAAUGGGGCGCGUGGCGCUCAACGAAUGUGCAACACUUGGCAGCCGGCCACCGUCACACGCGCACCGCGCUGUGCCUCAUUCGGGCAAGGUCGCGGCGCGUAUGGGGGACAAGGGCCAUGGCCCCUCGGCAAUAACGCCUCAAUGGGGGCCGCCUGAUACUCUAUACUAU